GUGUGAUUCAACUGUUGUGCAUAUGAAAAUAUUCUUCGUUUUCUCAGGAUGUUACAAGAAAAGUUUUGCGAAGCAAGGCUCAGACUUUUUAACGUUUGCCAGUGCUAUGAAUUUUGGUCGGGUUCCUAAGGCGUUCUUUGCACGUUUUUGAUAAAUAGGAGACAGCUAUGGUUUGACUCUGAAGUGCUAAUUUGAAGCUUCUUUUUUAUGGAAAAAGGGAAGAACGGAGCAAUUUUACUUUCACAUUGCACUGCCUUUUGAUUGAAGCUAGUUGUUGAGCAGUGAAGAGAAGUCUGGAUACGAAUUCACCUCAUCGAUUGUAUCUUUGGAGGCACACAUAUUUAGAAAAUAGAUUGAAAGGGGUAACAAACAACAGUUGAACUGCAUGGAAAGAAACAAACUGAGACGCGAGUUGAAUAUUCAAGUGAAUAAUUGAAAGCACGAGUUGUGAAAGCAUUCAAUGAGAGCCAAGUUAUUGAACAAGUGAACCAGGAGCGUUUGAGUUGCCAAUGUAUAAUGCUCCUCUGCUUGGUUUUUUCACGAUGAUUUGGAUGAGGAUUUUGGCAAGUAGUACUAUGUGCAAUCUAGAUAUUGUUUUGAAUAGAUCUUUUGUAUUAAAGUUUACUAGUGGAUUUUUUUAACGAUUGCAUGAGACGUCGAGCAAUUUGCGUGACUUGCUGUCUCUAUCGGGAAUGACUUUACUUUCUUUUAAAAGCUUGAUAGAAUCUGGUUUGGUAGUUGAACAAUUACAAUUAUCCGGAAUAGCUGUUAUCAUUGUAAUAGAUGAUACCACAAAAACUUCUAACAUUCAAAACAACAAAGAUUUGCUUAACAGGAACCAGUCGGAAUGCUACAUUGCUUCAAUCAAACAAGUUCAUUUUAUUUUAAAAAAGUACUCUCAUUCCUGUAACGUCUAUUUGAAUUUCCAUUCCUUCAGUGCGCGCAUCGUCUCUAUUGGUUUCAAACCUCUCAAAUCUAAAAGAAAUGCAUUCUUCAACUUAUCCCAAAAGCUCAUCACCAAAGACUCUAAUGAAAACACCGUGAUAAAAGCUCCGCCAAACCUCUUCACCAACUUCAAACACUUACUGACAAAAUAGUCUUGAAGAAUUCAAACAAUUGCGUCUCCAAACGGUGCUUGAGAUUACAUUUCUAACAACAUUUAUGUUGCUUUCAGUUAUGAUGAAAGUCAUAUAAUUUCGAGAAAUAUCUUCUUCCAAAAAUUACACUAACUUGAACAGGCCAGAAGGCCGUUGUUACACAAAGUUAAAUAUAAUUUGUGUCUGUAGUAGACGUCUUCAGAAUUCCUAUAUUUCUCACCCUUCUGGAAACACGCAGUUGCGUAGAUCAAGUAAAUUUUUGACUCAACUCAAUUUUCUGCAUUUCCGGUUCCCUCCAAUUCACAAGAAGCAGUGUACUAUAGGGAACAUAAAAAGUUCCUUAUGGAGAGACCGGAAAGUGACUUGUUCAAUACUUGGUCACCCUUUCGCCUCAAUGGACUCAAAUUGUUUUAAAAUGGCUUUCCUACUUCCUGGAGGAGUCACGAGUCAAAGCAACUUGUGGCUCUGUCCUUGAAGCUGCAUGUUUUACAAAGACUUGCUCUUUUAAGUCUUUGUUGGGAAAAAUUCUAUCACACAUAUUACAAACAAAUGGACUUGUCAUAUUAUAAAGACUGUUCAUUUCUGACCAUUCUUCCUGUCGAUUUCAAUGUGGCAAUUUACGAUUUAAUUA